AUGACGGUAUUAGAAUAUGAAAAGAAAUUCAUCGAGUUGUCCAAGUAUUGCACACCACUAGUGGCAGAGGAAAGAAAGAAAUGUCAGCUGCUUACUAGAGGUUUGAAGGCAUCCAUUCGUGAUAUCGUGGUGGGCCAAUGUUUGGUAGAUUUUGGUGAUCUGGGCGAGGUGAUUCCCAUCGGCGUCAUUAUGAUUUGGGUGGUCCCAGUCAGGGGUCAUCCAAGAGGAGUAGCUUCAGCUCCUGAUCUUUUAGUGGUCGAAGUUAUAGAGGUUUUCGAGCUGGAACGGUAUAUAGUGGAAGGAGUCGCCCCCAGUAUGCCUUGUGCAACAGAUAUCAUACUGGGCCUUGUCAGCAGGGUGCCUCAGGGUGCUUUCAUUGUGGAUAGUCGGGGCAUCAUCAGGGGAGUGGUGUAUAGGGCCAAGUGCAGGAUACAUAUCAGUUUGUGGGAGCCUCUUCUAGCAAUGGGGCCCAAACUAGUACGGCUAGCAGAUGAGGAAGUCAGCAGAGGGGACGUGGUGGAAGUUCUAGAGCAACCGACUGGUUUUGCCCAUAAUUCGAAUGUGAGAAUCACAGCCCUGCGCGAGAAGCUUGCUAUUUUUGUACCCAUAGGAGAUGUUUUUAUGGCUAAUGUGGUGUACAUGAAUAGUUUGGUUUUGGUCGGAGAUGUAUUCUUGGAGGUGGACUUAAUUCGUUUAGAUAUCAUGGAUUUAGACGUCAUUCUGGGUAUGGAUUGGUUAGCUAAGCAUCAUGCUUCGGUUGACUGUUUCCGGAAGGAGGUUGUAUUCCGCAGUCCUAGACGACUUGAAGUAUCUUUCUAUGAGGAGCAUAGAGUUCUUCCAUCUUACCUCAUUUCAGCCAUGAUGGCGAGAUGGUUACUUAGAAAGGGAUGCUCAGGAUACUUGGCUCAUGUGAUUGAUACACAGGAUAAUGGAUUGCGUUUGGAAGAUAUUCCGGUGGUACGGGAGUUUCCGGAUGUGUUCCUAGAAGAUCUUCUUGGAUUACCUCCUGAAUGGGAGAUUGAAUUUACUAUUGAACUUAUCCUAAGAACAAAUCCUAUUUCUUAG